CAUUGGAUUUCAUUUCUUUUUGAUCCAAAUCCAUGUCGUUUGGGGUUGGUUUGUUUGGUUGAAUCUGAAAUCAACUUUUGCUUAGCUAUGUGUUUGUAUUUUUGCAAUAUUUACAGUGUCAGGUUAUAGGUUUCCAGAUAGUUAUUAAUUUAGUGUAAAAUAAUUUCUCUCUGGUGAAUCGGAUCUUUUGAUUGUCGCUUGCAAAAAUGACGGUCGACGGCGACGAAAAGCCGCCCAAUGAUCGUGUUUUUAUGGACAUAGCGAUCGGUGGCUUGCCUUCUGGACGGAUUGUUUUCGAGCUUUUCAACGAUGUGGCACCAAAAACUGCUGAAAAUUUCCGGGCCCUAUGCUCGGGGGAUGCUGGAGUCGGUAAAGUUACUGGGAAGCCGCUGACUUAUAAGGGUAUGGUGUUCCAUCGAGUCGUGAAGGAUUUCAUGAUUCAAGGAGGUGAUUUCACUAAUGCAAAUGGUACCGGCGGGGAAUCUAUUUACGGGGGCACUUUUGAAGAUGAAUCAUUUGAGCUGAAGCAUGAUCGGCCAUAUUUGUUGUCUAUGGCUAACAGAGGCAAAGACACUAACGGAUCUCAAUUCUUUAUAACCACACAGCCGGCGCCGCAUCUCGACAAUGUGCACGUGGUGUUCGGCCACGUGGUCGGCGGCGCGGCGCUCGUGCGGCAGCUGGAGACGCUGCCCGUGGACCGCAACGCGCGCCCUCUGCAGGACGUCACCGUCGCCAACUGCGGGCAGCUGGUCAGGGUCAAAGCAGGAAAAAAGCGUAAACCGGAGAAAAGCAAAGAUGAAAGUGACGCGGAGUCUGAGAAGGAGCAUAAGAAGGACAGGAAGAAGAAGAAGGAGAAGAAAGAAAAGAAGAAAAAGAGACACCAGUCAGAGCCGUCUGGCGAGGAUGAGGAGCCCCAGGAGGCGGCUCAUCCCCUGGUGGUGACCAGCAAGAUAGACCCGCGGGAGAUCCCGGCCGUGCCCGCCAACCGGUUCCUGCUGCGCGCCGCGCGCGACCGCGACCAGGGCGCGCCCGACCCGCGGCAGGACAGGGACAGGAUGCGUUACCGCGAGAGGGAUAGACAUACAUACACACGCAGCGGCAGAAUCAUCAAGGGAAGGGGUGUAUUUCGUUACCGUACCCCGUCCCGUUCCCGGUCCCGAUCUCGUUCAGUGACCCCGCCCCAUUGGAGACAAGCGCAGAGGAGAAUCAUCAAGUUAUCAGAAUUCGAGCGUGGCGAACAAGACCGGGAGAAAGAAGAUCAUGAAAGGCCCAGAACCACAAGGCAGAUAAGCGGUGACGCAGAAGGUGGUACCCCGGAACAGCCCAAGGAAAAGGAAGAAGGGGAAUGUGACACAACUUUAGAAAAGUCGAAAGUAGAUUACAAUGCUCUGGACUUUGAAGAGGAUGUAGAACAAGAAGACGAAGCAGUCCCGCACAAGCGUCGCGGGGACGCUCGAGCGGACAAUCGUCGCCGCGAGCGCGGCGAGCGAGCGGAGCGCGGCGAGCGGGCGGCGCGCCGCGACACUCGCGCCGACAUGCUCGCCCUGGCGCUGGGCGUCCACCCGAAGCAUGACCAGCAAGAUAGCCGUGAACCACGUCGCCGUGAUGGUCCUCAGUCGGCGGUGUACUCCGCCCCCAGGCUCCCCUCGGCCGUGGCCGCCAACGAAGCCCCCAAACAGGCCGACAGUGCCGGGGGCUACGACCCUUUCACGAUGUUAAGAAGCACCUUCAAUAGAGAGAAGAAUACACAGCGGAAAGAUGCCAAGAACGAAGACCUCCGUUCGGAACUGAAUCGACGCGACAGAAAUCGCUCGGACCAACGCGAGAGAGUCAACACACAUCGCGUGAAAGAACCAGAGAUGGAAGAUGAAAGGGAACGCCACAAGAGCGAGCGAGACGACAGGAAGAACGAAAGAGAUAGCGAACGGCGGCAGAGUGUACAGAAAGAGCGGGAAGGAAAAUCUUCUGACGCCAAUGACAAGGAAAGAUCAAAAGAACGGUACGAAAAACGCGAUAAACCAACAGAUAAAUACAAAGAUGAUGAUAAGAGAGAAAAAUCUAUGGAAAGAUACCAAGAUUCCGCCGAUAAACGCGAUGAGAAACGCGGGUCUAGUAGUGCUGAGAAACGUAGAUCUAGAAGUGUUGAGAAACGUAGAUCUAGAAGUGUUGAGAAACCUAGAUCAAUAAGUGUUGAGAAACGCAGGUCUACAAGUAUUGACAAACGCGAAAAAUCCACAGAUAGACACAGAGACAAUGAGAAACGUGAGAAAUCUAAAGACAGGCGGAGAGGCAGUGAGAAACGUGAUAGGUCACGAGACAGGUCGCGCGAGAGGCGUGAUAAAUCUAAAGAUAAAUAUAGAGAUGAUGAGAAACGGUCUAAGGACAGAUCUGAUGAUAAACGCGAGAGAUCUAAGGAGAGAUAUGCUAAACGCGAUAGAUCGCGCGACAAGUCCCGCGACAAAUCUCGCGAUAAAUCUAAAGAUCGUUACGAUGAGAAACGGGGCAGGUCUAGGGAAAGACGUCGCGAUAGAGAGACACGGGACAGAUCUAGAGAGAGACGACAUGACAGUGAGAAACGGGAUAGGUCUCGGGAACGACGUCGGGAUAGUGAGAAACGCGAUAGGUCUAAGGAUAGACACGAGAAACGAGAACGGUCUAGAGAGAGAAGUGAGAAACGCAAAGAUGACAGGAGUAAGACUAGAGACGAGGAGAGGGAGAAGAGAAGAUCUAGGUCGAGAAGCAGGAACAGGUCGAAGUCCCCAAGAAGACGCGACAGAAAACGUUCCGAAUCUACAAGUAAGGACAAGAACAAGACACCUGAUGAAGAUGACAAGAAAAAGGAAGAAGAACGGUUGGAAGCCAAAAAGGAGUUGAUGGAGAUUGUUCGCCUUAUAAAGCUUCGGCAAAGGGAUAGGGAGAAGGCCGCAGAGGCAAAGAAGAAACGCGAGUCGUCAGCGAGCUCGUCGGACUCCGAACGCGGUCGCUCGCGACGAUCGUCUGAUCGCAAGCGAAGCCGAAGCAGAGGUCGCCGCUCGUCUCCACGACGCUCACACCGCCGAAGGUCGUCUUCUAACUAACCCUUUUGAAGUAAAAAAUCUGACAGACAAUGUCUAAUGUUUGAUUGGAUUACGACAAAUUCUACGAUUAUGUGUAUUCUGGAUUUGUUGAUAAGAGAAAUGGCAUACAAAAUAAUGUACUUUCUGUGUUUAACGUUAUUUUACUGAUGUAGAUAUACAAUUCAAAAAUGGAUCUUAUUGUAUUGCAAUAAAGUAUAUAUUUUAAAAUCCAAUUUAAACUUGGUAAUGCUGUAUGAUAAUGUUGACAAAAAUAUUUUCAUUAGAUUUUAUUGCAAUUUUAAUAACUGAAUUUGUAACUGAAUCGCGUGUUUCUGUGUGAUUUUUUUUUCAACCACGCACCGGUUUUGAUAAAGUUUUCCCCUUUUAAGACAAUUUAUUCCUGAAGGAUUAUAUUAUUUGAAUGAAACAUCAAAAGCCGAGCGCUAAUAUAUUCUAAAAGGCAUACAUACAUACCUAAAAUCACGCCUC